CCCAGCACUGUUUUUUAAGCAUCUGCCGGUGAUUUGAGGCAGCCGUGUACACAAUAUACACRCAUUUUGCAAAUAAUUCCAUUGUGAAAUAAGUGAAAAAAUUGCUACUAAAACGCCGAGAUGAGUGGCGGAACAAUGUUGUACGGAGGCGAUGAGAUCGGUGCACUAGUUUUCGAUCCUGGRCACCAUUCGCUACGCGUUGGAUACGCUCAAGAGGAUUCGCCCAAAGCUGAAAUCCCUUCUGUGGUUGGCAUUGGCACCAGCGCUCCCGACACGAAUCUAGAUCCCGAGACAAAAACAGACAACAAUGUUACGCCAAAUAACGCCGACGCGCGAAAGUUCUAUGUGGACACAAACUACGUGAAUGUUCCUCGAUCGCAUAUGGAGGUGCAAACAUAUAUGAAGGAUGGCAUGAUAGACAACUGGGAGCUGUUUGAGAAGGUCAUCGACUAUGCGUACGCAAACGUCAUACAAUCGGAGCCAGAGUAUCAUCCGGUGCUCUUCUCAGAGGCGUCAUGGAAUGUGCGAAAUAACCGCGAAAAGCUAACCGAGCUCAUGUUUGAGAAAUACAACGUGCCAGCCUUCUUUCUGGUGAAGAAUGCAGUGCUGGCCGCAUUCUCUAGCGGACGUGCCACAGCUCUUGUGGUCGACAGCGGCGCUACACAUACGUCGGCUGUGCCCGUGCACGAGGGCUAUGUGCUCUCUCAGGCAGUGGUCAAAUCGCCGCUUGGUGGCGACUUUCUUUCCAGGCAGUGCAGGCAGCAUUUGGAGAAACUAAACAUUGACUUGUCGCCCGUGUAUAAAAUAGCAUCGAAAGAUGUUGUCAAAGAGCGCGACAAUGCACGCUUUACACUGCGAAAAUUGCCCGAGAAUCUCACACAAUCGUGGCAGAACUAUAUGGUGCAGCUAAUGAUGCAGGAUUUUCAAAUGAAUGUACUGCAGGUGCUGGAGAAUCCGUUUGAUGAGCGCGUCGCCUCCCAGAUACCCAUGGUUCAUUACGAAUUCCCCAACGGCUACCACCAAGACUUUGGCUCUGAGCGUUUCAAAAUUGCCGAAAGCCUCUUCGACAAUGCAAUGCUAGGAGCGGGACAACUUGCUUCCACAAGUGUUGGAAUGUGCGAUGCGGAUGUCCGCUUGUCGCUGUUCGGCUCUGUUGUGGUGACAGGUGGCAAUACACUGCUCCAAGGUUUUCCCGAACGGCUAAAUAGAGAUUUGCAAUUACGGGCGCCGUCAAAUACGCGUCUUAAAAUGAUUUCAGCGAACGGCAGUGUGGAGCGAAGGUUUGGCGCCUGGAUUGGUGGCUCCAUACUGGCCAGCAUUGGCACCUUCCAGCAGAUGUGGAUAUCAUCGCAGGAGUACGAAGAGGCUGGCAAGAGCCAAGUUGAGCGCAAAUGCCCAUAAGUCAAGCUCGGGGCCAAGCAAACGAAUUCCAAUUAUAAUUGUAAAGUUAGUAAACAGAUGAUCAUUUUAUAUGUAAACUAGUGCGCACCCACAACCAUGGGCUGCUUUGUCUACUGACCUAUUAAGGUCCCAUCAACAAGUCUAUAAAUGUAUUUCUUUUUAAUUUUAUUUCAAGAAUUGUGGUUUGUCCYUUACCUCGAAUAAAUGACAUGCCACUUUA